AUGGUUCUUUUCAAACGAAAAAAAGUCGAGUUUGCCCCUCCCCCAACCAUUCCCGACGACUUUGAUUUAUCCACCGAGGUGUGGUAUAUUCCAGAGACCCGCGAAUGGUUUUUGGACUACGAUCAAUACCUGAGCCGAAUGGACUAUUACAACAUCAAGAAAUUUGUCUGCGAGACCUCCGGAAACUCCAAUUUCACCUACUUUGAAGCGCUCAAGGUGGAACAGAACGAGAUGGGCAUGAUGGAGUCGCGCUUCCCUGAACCUGUCAAGGAGCCCAUCCUGAGGUACGUCUCGUUUUCCACGACUCACAGAAUUGACGGUCUUGUGGACGAGGUGUAUGCCAAGUUCAAGGAUGAUUUUUUCCCUGGCGACCAGGUGGUUGUGAAAACAGAAUCCGGUGACAAAGCACACGGAAUAGUAAGAGAAAAGGCAAGAUUCAACGCCAUCACGCUGCCCGAUGGAACAGUCAAGGAAGGCUACUGCUCCUAUCGUGUUUUAUUGCAGAGUAAUGAAGAGGUCACCAUCAAUUCCCUUUCGCAGAUCUCUAGAGAAAGAAAUUCGUUCACCAAAUGGUAUGUCAAGGCGUUUUUGAAAAUGAGUUUGACUAGAUCAACCAGACAGGGCUCGCCAUGGGUCUUGAAGGACUCGGUUGCCAAGAAAUACAGAAUCUCGCUGGAAUAUCCCGAACAUUUAAAACAAUUCGAGCAGCCAAAGGAAUCCUUGCGCAAACUGACUCUAAUCAACAAGUUAAAGAGUAACGAACACAUUUUCGACAAUUUGAAGGAAACCCCUCCCACUGCACAUGAGCAGGAAAACGGGUUCUCUUUACAGAUCUGGAAACAGAAAUGGUACGAUGCUCUGAAACAUUGCACGGUGUACUUCCAAGAUACUCCAGAGAGUGACGCUGAUCCAGAGAUUAAGCAAAAAAUCCUCAUUUUGUUCCAGUACUCUGGAGUCAAGGUCCUUCCAACGUUCGAUCCUAAAACAGUGAAUUUCCUGGUCACCUCUGUUCCUUUUUCUACCAAAGCUACGUAUGCCCCAGACAACAUUUUCCACUACGUUCUAAGCAACAAGAUCAAGGUCUGGCAUUACGAAAAGUGUUUCAGAUUCUUCAAGAGUCUGAACAUCACCUACAGAAAGAUCAUGACUGCCCAGGCCCAAACGGGCGAUUUCUCCGAGUCGCCAGACAUUCUGUCCCCAAAACCUCACAACGGUUUUGUUGAUAUUUUACCUCAACCAAGCAACAAGUCGCAGAUCGCCACACCAAGCGACUCGAGAAGCUCUACACCUAUGAAUGUUUUCAACGGCAACAAGUUCAGGCCUCCAGGAUUAAUUGACGACCUGAAGCUUCCGUUCAGAAGCGUUUCGAAGUCAAAACCAAAGAUUGUCAAGCUUCCUGGAGUGCGCGACAGUUCUGAUAUUCUGGAAACCUGGAUUUUCUUGAACAUGUACGCCAAGGCUCUUGUGAUCGAUAAUUUCACGUUUGACGACUAUUUUGCUGCUCUCAAGUGGAACGAUGAGGAAACUUUGUGUCCCUUGUUGAUGGAAAUAUACUGCGGUAUGUUUAAGGCUUUCAUGGACGGCAGACGCAGAUUGUUGAUCACUCUUCCUAAAGAGACUGUUGCGGAGGGAGACGACGACGAGAAACUUAAUGACGAAGACGACCCGGUCGAUGCUGACGUUGAGAUGAAAGAAGAGCGCAUCAAGUCCCCCCCUAGCGGUGACGAGCAAGAUGGCGAGCAACAGGAAGAGGAGGAAGAGGAAGAGGAAAUCAACCACAAUGCCUACUCUUUCCUGAAGUACAAGAACCGUGCUUGGGAGGAUCGUUUGGCCACUCGGCAAUUCAAAGAAGGUAACUGGCUGAUUGUUCUUAUUGGAAUCAUGUCUCUUGUCCAGUAUCUGCCGGAGUACAAGACCGAUAUUGUGCGGAUCUUUGAGACACUGGCACCUGCUGAAGAGGCUUCCACUGCUGAGACUAUCCAGCAUAAUUUCUACCAAAAGUUGACCGCAGAGGACAGAGCAAAAACCAUAGCCAUUGUUAUGUCUUUGCUUCUGAACGGUACCGUUAUCAGAAACUACAUGGACAAGUGUCUCGAGGACGCAACCUCUCUCAGAAGAGACAGACUCGAGCUCAUCAAGGAGUUCAAGGUUCUGAUGGAGGAAGGUAUUGCUAUUCAGAAGAAUAUCAUUGAGACGUUGAAACCUAUCACCACGGCAGAUAUCAAGACAUGGAACCUUGAGCCAGAGAAAACACAGGAACUUAUUGAGCAAAAGAAGAAAGUCAGUCGACUUGGUUUCAGUUAUCUGCCUCCUGAGCCCACUGCUCUUGAAAAGGCUGUUUGUGCAAGUAAUCCAGAGUUCAUGAAGCUGGUGAAGCAAAGAGUUGAGAAGGUGAAAGAGAUCGAUGAAAUGAAGCAGAAACGGAGAAACCUCGAAAAGAGCUUGAACGAGAUCGACUCGCAGAGAGUCUGCUACAUCGGCCGCGAUCGAUUUUACAACAGAUACUGGUGGUUCGAGAAGAAUGGGCUUCCCAAUCUCAGCUCUUCGGGCAACAGAGACGAGGAGGACGAGGAGGACGCGGACAUGAGCGACGGCGAUUCCGAGUACGAGGAGGAUACUUAUUUGAUGGGCCGCUUGUGGAUCCAAGGACCUGGAAACGAGGACCGUAAGGUGUUCUUGAAGUUUGACGACGAACAACUAGAGAAAUGGAGCUCUCUGAUGUGGCCGUCGAAGCAGGAGACUGGUGAGGUUGAAGAAGAGAGCAAGCCCGAUGUUGAAGAAGAGCCGGAAACCAAGACCGAGCCGGAAAUCAAGACCGAGCCGGAGGCCAAUGUCAAGCCGUACAGCGACGAGUUCAUGUCUGCUGUGAAGUCGUACUGCGGUUUCACGUUUGAAAACGGAGAGGUAAAGGACAGCAAGGGAUUUGUUGUUGUUGACCAGUACGGCUCGACGAUCGAGCGCCAGUUUAGUGCUGUUGAGCGCAAGAUUCUUGAAGAAGGGGAGGAUGUUCUACUGUGCUGUGCCGACUGGGGUUAUCUGGAGCUCCCUGAGCAGAUUGAGGAGCUGCUGAAAUGGCUUAAUAUCGAAGGAGAGCGCGAGAAGCAGCUACGGAAGAAGAUAGUGGACAUCCAGGACCAGGUGGUGAGCAGUUUGAGCUCGCGUGCCAAGACAUUGGGGAUCGGGCGCAAGUCUGAGGACGAGUUGAAGUUCGAGAAGAUCAUUGCGGAUGCUGAUCUGAGCGAGGAUGAGGACGAGGACUUGGAGCAAAACGGCGACGAGGAGAGCCGGAAACGGAAGGCCGAGGACGACGAGAUCCCGAUGCCGAAACGGACUCGGCGCGGUGGCAACCAGGACCUGACUCGCCAGAUGCAGCGCGAACGAGAAGCCAAGUUGGAGAAGGUGAGCCACGCAAGGGAAAUGCUGCAUGCAAUGAGAACAGAUAGAGACAGACAGAACCUUCUUGCGUGGGUGAACUCGCGUGCGGUCGGAGAGUAUGGAUACUCGCACUACGAAGGCCCAAAAGUGGCGGCCAAGUCGAUCGGACGUGGCCGCAAGAAGGGAAGAAGAUAA